ACUGUAUGUCUGCAUAACAUGUGAUACAAAACUCAAUUCAAAUUGUUUUCAAUGGUUUUUGGCUUCAAUUGAAGUAACGAUGGCUUCAAAAGUGGUUCAUUUGAAUCGAUGGAUAUCUUCGGCACGACUUCUCCACUCCAAUACAUACCUGUGUUUGCACUCAACGACUGUCCGAUCCAUGUCUUCGUAUUGUCUCCGAUAUGCUGACAGAGGAGGACAUCGUUUAACGCCCAGUAAUGCAUGUGUUUUGCAAAACAACAACACAUUUAACACUGGAUUCAAUCAAAUAAGACAUAAAUCUGAUAACAAUUCCGAUGACAAACCGCAACAGUCGGCUGAAGACGAGGAAUUGGAGCGAUUUAUUGAAGAUAAUCAGAGAAGUUCUUCAUUGGCUGCCGUAACAGUUCCCGAGGUAUGGCCCGAAGUGCCGGUCAUUGCCAUCCAUAGGAAUCCCGUUUUUCCCCGAUUUAUAAAAAUCAUUGAGAUUUCAAACCAAACACUUAUGGAUAAUAUUAGACGUGUUGUGAAACUCAAUCACCCGUUUGUCGGCAUUUUUAUGACCAAAGACUCGACCAAAGAGUCGGAUGUCGUCAACAGUUUAGAAGAACUCCAUUCUGUGGGCACUUUCGCUCAGAUCCAUGAGAUGCAGGACUUGGGGACAAAACUAAGACUUAUUCUUAUGUCUCACCGAAGGAUCAGAAUUGUUAAACAAAUUAUCGAUGAAAGCGAUAGAAAAGUAGUGACAAAAAGUAGUGGCAAUAAAUUGAGCCGAAAGUCAAUCCGCAAAAAACGCUCGUCUAAUGGGAAUAACGCGGAGAAAGAAUUGCCAGUAAAUGACAUAAUUGUGGGCAAAGAACCGGUUCUUAUGGUCGAAGUGGAGAACUUAAAGGACGAACCGGUGGUCAUGAAUGAAGAGAUCAAAGCACUUACGCAAGAGAUUGUCAAAACAAUACGUGACAUCAUAUCAAUGAAUCCUCUCUAUCGGGAGUCAAUCUUACAGAUGAUCCAAACGGGUCAGCGAGUCAUCGAUAAUCCCAACUUCCUGUCCGAUUUGGGCGCCUCCUUAACGGCCGCCGAACCCAACGAACUCCAGGAUAUUCUCAACGAAACAAAUGUCUCUAAACGCCUGUAUUUGUCGUUGAAUUUGUUGAAAAAGGAGUACGAGUUGAGUAAAUUGCAGCAAAAGAUUGGCAAAGAAGUGGAGGAGAAGGUUAAGCAACAGCACCGCAAGUAUAUGCUCUUUGAACAGCUGAAGGCCAUUAAGAAAGAGUUGGGACUCGAGAAGGACGACAAAGACGCCAUCGAAGAGAAGUUCAGACUUAAGAUUAAAGAUCUAACGGUUCCCACACACGUCAUGGAAGUGAUUGACGAAGAGUUAAAUAAGUUAUCAUUUUUGGACAACCAUUCGUCCGAAUUCAGUGUAACCCGUAAUUACUUGGAUUGGUUGACAUCCAUGCCAUGGGGUCUGACCAGUGAAGAGAAUUUGGAGAUCAGUAAAGCGUCUCAAAUCCUGGACGACGACCACUACGGGAUGGAAGACGUGAAGAAACGUAUUCUUGAGUUCAUUGCUGUCAGUCAACUGAAGGGCUCGACUCAGGGAAAGAUUCUUUGCUUCCACGGCCCUCCAGGUGUCGGCAAAACAAGUAUCGCUAAGUCUAUCGCAAAGGCUCUAAAUAGAGAAUACUUUAGGUUUAGUGUCGGAGGAAUGACAGACAUUGCAGAAAUCAAAGGCCACCGGAGGACAUAUGUGGGCGCAAUGCCCGGCAAAAUAAUACAGUGUCUUAAGAAAACCAAGAGUGAAAACCCUUUGGUACUUAUUGACGAAGUGGACAAAAUAGGAAGGGGUUAUCAGGGGGACCCCUCCGCUGCACUCCUGGAACUUCUAGAUCCCGAACAAAAUGCCAACUUUUUAGACCAUUAUUUGGAUGUCAACAUAGAUUUGUCCAAAAUAUUGUUCAUAUGUACGGCCAAUGUAUUGGAUACCAUCCCUGAGCCUCUCAGAGACCGAAUGGAAAUGAUUGAAGUUUCUGGUUAUGUGGCCGAAGAGAAAAUUGCCAUUUCAGAGCGAUAUCUUAUACCUCAAGCCCAUACCCUAACCGGACUCGACAACGACAGGGCCUUCAUCUCGCAAAGCGCUUUGCAAACUAUCAUUAAAUCCUAUUGUCGUGAAAGUGGUGUUAGAAGUCUUCAAAAACACAUCGAAAAAAUAAUGAGGAAAAGCGCUUUACAAAUCGUGAACGGAUUAGCACAAAAAGUAUCUAUCGAUGACUCGAAUCUACAAGAGUUUGUUGGAAAGCCAGUGUUCAGUCAGGACCGUAUGUACACCGAAACGCCAUCCGGUGUAGUGAUGGGGUUGGCGUGGACUGCAAUGGGCGGCUCAACACUCUUCAUAGAAACAGCUAAAUUGAAACGAUUUAAUCCCAAGAAAUCGGGGACUGAUGUGACCGAUGGUGAGGGCGCUCUCCAACUGACCGGUCAUUUGGGAGAUGUUAUGAAAGAAAGCGCCAAAAUUGCACACUCUUUUGCCAAGUCUUUCCUUUUGGAUUUGGACGCAAAUAAUCACUUCCUCCACAACACAGACAUUCAUCUUCAUGUGCCAGAAGGGGCCACACCUAAGGACGGGCCGAGUGCUGGCUGUACAAUGGUUACCGCUCUCAUGUCUCUAGCCCUCAACCAACCCGUCAGACAAAACUUUGCUAUGACGGGAGAGCUCUCACUGACCGGUAAAAUACUACCCGUUGGAGGCAUUAAAGAGAAGAUAAUUGCGGCCAAAAGAGUUGGCGUCAAUUGCAUUGCUUUACCCGAAGAGAACAAAAAAGACUUUUCAGAUUUACCACAAUUUAUAACUGAAGGCCUGACCGUUCACUUUGUCAGCCAUUAUAAGGAUAUUUUCAAUAUAGCAUUCAAUUAUUAAGUUUUGGAAUAAAUAUAUAAUUUUUUAGUUUAACAUUAGA